AAACUCCAUCAAAGGCUGCACCUCAUUACUUUCUGAAACUAGCUGAGGCUCCACUACUAGUGCCAUCAUGAGCACAGACGCUGAGAUGGAGCAGUAUGGCCCGGCGGCCAUUUACCUCCGGAAGCCAGAAAGGGAGAGAAUUGAGGCUCAGGCCGCCCCAUUUGAUGCCAAAACUGCUUAUUUUGUGGUUGAUGAGAAAGAGAUGUAUCUCAAGGGUAAACUGGUGAAAAAAGAGGGUGGCAAAGCCACUGUGGAGACAGACGGAGGAAAGACUGUCACCGUAAAAGAGGAUGACAUCCAUCCCAGAAACCCUCCAAAGUUUGACAAGAUUGAGGACAUGGCCAUGAUGACCCACCUCAAUGAGCCUUGCGUGUUGUAUAACCUCAAAGAGCGUUAUGCAUCAUGGAUGAUCUAUACCUACUCUGGGUUGUUCUGUGUGGUCGUGAAUCCCUACAAGUGGCUUCCUGUGUAUGAUGCUGUUGUUGUGGGAGCAUACAGAGGCAAAAAGAGGAUUGAGGCUCCACCCCACAUCUUCUCCAUCUCUGACAAUGCCUAUCAGUUCAUGCUCACUGAUCGUGAGAACCAGUCUGUCCUGAUUACCGGAGAAUCCGGUGCUGGAAAGACUGUCAACACCAAGCGUGUCAUCCAGUACUUUGCAACAAUUGCAGCUCUUGGUGGCAAAAAAGAAGCAGCAGCCCCAACCCCUGGCAAAAUGCAGGGCUCUCUUGAGGACCAGAUUGUUGCUGCCAACCCUCUGCUUGAGGCCUAUGGUAAUGCCAAGACUGUGAGGAAUGACAACUCCUCUCGUUUUGGUAAAUUCAUCAGGAUCCACUUUGGCACUUCUGGAAAGCUGUCUUCAGCUGAUAUUGAAACUUAUCUGCUGGAGAAGUCCCGUGUCACCUUCCAGCUGUCUGCUGAGAGGAGCUAUCAUAUCUUCUAUCAGUUGAUGACAGGCCACAAGCCUGAACUUCUGGAGGCUCUGCUGAUCACCACCAACCCCUACGAUUAUCCCAUGAUCAGCCAGGGUGAAAUCACAGUCAAGAGCAUCAAUGAUGUGGAAGAGUUCAUUGCAACAGACACUGCAAUUGACAUCUUGGGCUUCACUGCUGAUGAGAAAAUCAACAUCUACAAGCUGACUGGUGCUGUGAUGCAUCAUGGCUCCACUACUAGUGCCAUCAUGAGCACAGACGCUGAGAUGGAGCAGUAUGGCCCGGCGGCCAUUUACCUCCGGAAGCCAGAAAAAGAGAGGAUUGAGGCCCAGACAGCCCCAUUUGAUGCCAAAUCUGCUUUUUUUGUGGUUGAUGAGAAAGAGAUGUAUCUCAAGGGUAAACUGGUGAAGAAAGAGGGUGGCAAAGCCACUGUAGAGACAGACGGAGGGAAGACUGUCACUGUAAAAGAGGACGACAUCCAUCCCAGAAACCCUCCAAAGUUUGACAAAAUUGAGGACAUGGCCAUGAUGACCCACCUCAAUGAGCCUUGCGUGUUGUAUAAUCUCAAAGAGCGUUAUGCAUCAUGGAUGAUCUAUACCUACUCUGGGUUGUUCUGUGUGGUCGUGAAUCCCUACAAGUGGCUUCCUGUGUAUGAUGCUGUUUGUGUAGCAGCUUACAGAGGCAAGAAGAGGAUUGAGGCUCCACCCCACAUCUUCUCCAUCUCUGACAAUGCCUAUCAGUUCAUGCUCACUGAUCGUGAGAACCAGUCUGUCCUGAUUACCGGAGAAUCCGGUGCUGGAAAGACUGUCAACACCAAGCGUGUCAUCCAGUACUUUGCAACAAUUGCAGCUCUUGGUGGUAAAAAAGAGGCAGCAGCCGCAACCUCGGGCAAAAUGCAGGGUUCUCUUGAGGACCAGAUUGUUGCUGCCAACCCUCUGCUUGAGGCCUAUGGUAAUGCCAAGACUGUGAGGAAUGACAACUCCUCUCGUUUUGGUAAAUUCAUCAGGAUCCACUUUGGUACUUCUGGAAAGCUGUCUUCAGCUGAUAUUGAAACAUAUCUGCUGGAGAAGUCUCGUGUCACCUUCCAGCUGUCUGCUGAGAGGAGCUACCAUAUCUUCUAUCAGCUGAUGACAGGCCACAAGCCUGAACUUCUGGAGGCUCUGCUGAUUACCACCAACCCCUAUGAUUAUCCCAUGAUCAGCCAGGGUGAAAUCACAGUCAAGAGCAUCAAUGAUGUGGAAGAGUUCAUUGCAACAGAUACUGCAAUUGACAUCUUGGGCUUCACUGCUGAUGAGAAAAUCAACAUCUACAAGCUGACUGGUGCUGUGAUGCAUCAUGGAAACAUGAAAUUCAAGCAGAAGCAGCGUGAGGAGCAGGCUGAACCAGAUGGCACUGAGGUGGCUGAUAAAAUCGCCUACCUUUUUGGCCUGAACUCAGCUGAUAUGCUGAAAUCUCUGUGCUACCCAAGAGUCAAAGUCGGAAAUGAGAUGGUCACCAAAGGUCAGACCGUCCCACAGGUCAACAAUGCUGUCUCAGCUCUGUGCAAGUCUGUCUAUGAGAAAAUGUUCUUGUGGAUGGUCAUCCGUAUCAAUGAGAUGUUGGACACAAAGCAGCCAAGAGCAUUCUUCAUUGGAGUGUUGGACAUUGCUGGAUUUGAGAUCUUUGAUUUCAACAGCUUGGAGCAGCUCUGCAUUAACUUCACCAAUGAGAAACUGCAACAGUUUUUCAACCAACACAUGUUUGUGCUGGAACAAGAGGAGUACAAGAAGGAGGGUAUUGAGUGGGAGUUCAUUGACUUCGGUAUGGACUUGGCUGCCUGCAUUGAGCUUAUUGAGAAGCCACUGGGCAUCUUCUCCAUCCUUGAAGAGGAGUGCAUGUUCCCCAAGGCCUCUGAUACAACUUUCAAGAAUAAGCUGGUUGAUCAGCAUCUUGGCAAGACCAARGCCUUUGAGAAGCCAAAGCCUGCCAAGGGCAAAGCUGAGGCUCACUUCUCCCUGGUUCACUAUGCUGGUACAGUGGACUACAACAUCACUGGCUGGCUGGACAAGAACAAGGACCCACUGAAYGACUCAGUUGUUCAGCUCUACCAGAAGUCUGGAAACAAACUGCUGUGCUUCCUCUAUGCAGCCCAUGCCUCAGCUGAAGCUGAGUCUGGUGGUGGAAAGAAGGCCGGUAAGAAGAAGGGUGGUUCCUUCCAGACGGUGUCUGCUCUUUUCAGGGAGAACUUGGCCAAGCUGAUGACCAACUUGAGGAGCACCCAUCCUCAUUUUGUGCGUUGCCUGAUCCCCAAUGAAUCAAAGACUCCAGGUCUUAUGGAGAACUUCUUGGUCAUCCAUCAGCUGAGGUGUAACGGUGUGCUGGAAGGCAUCAGAAUCUGCAGAAAGGGAUUCCCAAGCAGAAUCCUCUAUGGUGACUUCAAGCAGAGAUACAAAGUAUUGAAUGCCAGUGUCAUCCCUGAGGGACAAUUUAUUGACAACAAAAAAGCUUCAGAGAAGCUCCUGGGCUCCAUUGAUGUGGACCACACUCAGUACAGAUUUGGACACACAAAGGUGUUCUUCAAAGCUGGUCUGCUGGGUACUCUUGAGGAGAUGAGAGAUGAGAAAYUGGCUUCACUGGUGACCAUGACUCAGGCUCUUUGCAGAGGUUAUGUGAUGAGGAAGGAGUUUGUUAAGAUGAUGGAAAGGAGGGAGUCCAUUUAUUCAAUCCAGUACAACAUUCGUUCAUUCAUGAAUGUGAAGAACUGGCCAUGGCUGAAACUCUACUUCAAGAUCAAGCCUCUUCUGAAGAGUGCUGAGACUGAGAAAGAGCUGCAGAACAUGAAGGAGAAUUAUGAGAAGAUGAAAUCAGACCUGGCUACUGCUUUGGCCAAAAAGAAGGAACUGGAGGAGAAAAUGGUUUCCCUGCUGCAGGAGAAGAAUGACUUGCAGCUCCAAGUGGCUGCUGAAGUUGAGAACCUGGGAGAUGCAGAGGAAAGGUGUGAGGGACUCAUCAAGAGCAAGAUCCAGCUGGAGGCUAAACUCAAAGAGACAAGUGAGAGACUGGAGGAUGAAGAGGAAAUCAAUGCUGAGCUGACUGCUAAGAAGAGGAAGCUGGAGGAUGAAUGCUCUGAGCUGAAGAAGGACAUUGAUGACUUAGAGCUCACCUUGGCCAAAGUGGAGAAGGAGAAGCAUGCCACUGAAAAUAAGCUCAGCAAGAUUGAGGAUGAACAGUCCCUUGGUGCUCAGCUUCAGAAGAAGAUCAAGGAGCUCCAGGCUCGCAUUGAGGAGCUAGAAGAGGAGAUUGAGGCUGAGAGGGCUGCUCGUGCUAAAGUAGAGAAGCAGAGGGCUGACCUCUCCAGGGAGCUUGAGGAGAUCAGUGAGAGGCUGGAGGAAGCUGGUGGAGCAACAGCUGCUCAGAUUGAGAUGAACAAGAAGCGUGAGGCUGAGUUCCAGAAGCUGCGUCGUGACCUUGAAGAAGCCACCCUGCAGCAUGAAGCCACUGCAGCAGCUCUCCGCAAGAAGCAGGCCGACAGCGUUGCUGAGCUGGGAGAGCAGAUCGACAACCUGCAGCGUGUCAAGCAGAAGCUGGAGAAGGAGAAGAGUGAGUACAAGAUGGAGAUCGAUGACCUCUCAAGCAACAUGGAGGCUGUUGCCAAAGCAAAGGGCAACUUGGAGAAAAUGUGCAGAACUCUUGAGGACCAACUGAGUGAACUCAAAGCCAAGAACGAUGAGAAUGUUCGCCAGCUGAAUGACAUUAAUGCACAGAAAGCAAGACUUCAGACAGAGGGUGGUGAACUGGCUCGCCAAGUGGAGGAGAAAGAGGCUCUCGUUUCACAGCUGACCAGAGGCAAGCAGGCUUUCACUCAGCAGAUUGAGGAGCUCAAGAGACACGUGGAGGAGGAAGUUAAGGCCAAGAAUGCCCUGGCCCAUGCUGUCCAGUCUGCCCGCCAUGACUGUGACCUGCUCAGAGAGCAGUUUGAGGAGGAGCAGGAGGCCAAGGCUGAACUGCAGAGAGGCAUGUCCAAGGCCAACAGUGAGGUGGCUCAGUGGAGAUCCAAAUAUGAGACUGAUGCCAUCCAGCGCACUGAGGAGCUGGAGGAGGCCAAGAAAAAGCUUGCCCAGCGCCUGCAGGAGGCUGAGGAAUCC